AUGGUUAAUGCAAGCAUUUUGUCUAAUCUAGAAAAUAAUAAUAAUAAUCCACGAAAUUUUUCAGGAAAAGUUGUAUUGACUACCGGUUCGAGUAGUGGUAUCGGUGCCGGUAUUGCCAAACUGUUUGCCCGAUUGGAUGCACUUGUUGUCAUCACUGGUCGAAAUCAAACUGAAAUCCAAUUAGUGGCCAAUGAAUGCCAACAGUUAUCGCCUAAAAAACUAAAGCCAUUACAAGUCAGGGCCGAUGUUAGCAAUAGUACUGAAUUGCAGUCACUAUUGGAUCAGACAAUCAAAACGUACGGCCAGUUGGAUGUGUUGGUCAAUAACGCCGGUAUUGCUCUUUACUCAAACGUUACGGACAAACAAUUUAUGUCAGUAUUUGAUAGAGUAUUGAGUGUUAAUCUGCGUCCGUAUGUAGAGCUCAGUCAUCUAUCGGUUCCCUAUUUGAACAAAACUAACGGCACUAUUAUCAGCAUAUCUAGUGGACUAUCAAUGACUCCGACUAAAUCAUUGUUAGCCUAUUCAGUGUCCAAAACGGCUAUAGAUAUGAUGACCCGUGUGUUGGCACUUGAAUUGGGACCCAAUAUACGGGUCAAUACUAUCAAUCCGGGAACAGUAGCUACUAAUCUUGGUUCGGGUAUGGAUGACAAACAACGGGAAGUAAUUAUUAAGUUAGUCAUAUCCCUUACACCAUUGAAACGUUUGGGUCAGCCCCAGGAUAUAGCCGAUGCUUGUAUUUGGUUGGCCUCCCGAUCGGCCAGUUUUAUAACCGGUGCCCAACUGGUCAUCGAUGGCGGACUUAUGUACAAUUCAGGCGGUUUUUAA